UUUUAAUUUUCAAAGGCAACAUGAAGUCUGUUUUAAGUGUUUAUCGCAAUCGUUAUCAUAUUUACUUGGGUUUUAUGUUCGCAGAUUAUUAUUUUUUCACGUAUGAAAAAAAUCCUAAUCCUUGUGCUCCUUAUAGCAAGAAACUUUAUUUAGCACAUGAUAAGUUUUAAUAAUAAGCAGUACAAGCCAGGAAUCUCUAUUUGCCAGCUCUUUCCCGUUUUUUUCCCCAUAUAUAACGCAGACAACAUAAAUAAUAUGACAUUAAUAUGACAUUUUUCCUCAGAGGCACGUAUGAUUCAAAAGAUACCAACUUUCUUAUCCAUCAAAACAAUAAUAACAGGUGCUAGUUUCUGAGCUUGGUUUGACACUUGAGCAUUGCUGUUCCUAUGGGAGGAGAGAGAGAGAUACUGCAAGACCUCCUGCGUUACAGAUGAUUCAAAGAUUCUAGAUCAUGGAUCAACAACAUUCUCCCGAAAGAACACCAGCAGUCUCGCUUCCUGACGCAUCUCAUCCAGCUCUUAGACGACAACAGGACAACGCAUUAUCCUCCUCAGAGCCCCAGACUACAGCAAAGCCACUAUGGGCACCUCUGGAAACGGAUGCCCCGGUCACAUUAACUUCUAACAACAACAAUGAUCUUCACAUUUGCCAGCUUUGUAGCUGCUGGUAUGAGACACGUCAAGGUCUGUCCAAUCACGCUCGUUCACAUCUGCAACAGAUGGGAAUCCCUGACGCCGACGUCAAGGGCAGCCCCAUUAACUUUCUUUAUCAGAUCAUGAAGGACGAGGACCUCAAGUCCCCCAGCAAGAAGCAACAGGAGCCUUUCUCCACAAACAGUCUACUCGAGGCUCCCGCUAAACAUCCUUCAGGGCUGUCAUCUCCACCCACAUCUCCUCCCUGUAAGCGGCCAAAGCCCCCCGAGGAGUUCACUUGCAUUCUUUGCGGGGAGAUUUGUAAAAAUCGGAAAGGCCUGGCAAGCCACUCACGGUCUCAUCUGCGGCAGAUUGGGGUUCUUGACCUGCUAGGGAAAGAUGAGUCCGCAAUCGACACUGUACAGGAUCUGGUGAGCAGUGGCGUGUUAGAAGCGACGCACCCCACCAAAUUGAGUAGUACCGCGAGCUCCUUCGCAGAACCUUCUUCAGCACCGGCCUCUAAUGUGGCCUCCCCGCCACGGUCUCCCGUCGCGUGGCAAUCCCGAUCCUCUUUGCCCUCCACUUUCCCAAGCCUUGCAAAAUCUCCUCAGAACUCAGUCAGUCGGGCUCCGAAAGCCAAGAAAGGCUUUCGCUUGGCAGUGGACCCCCUCCUCAAAAAGCCCAAGCCUGAGCCGUUGGACGUUGAGAUGUCACUAGUGAGUGGAACUAGCUCCAGUAGUAGCAGUACUCCUCCGGAGAACCUAUCUGCUUUGGUAACGCCUAGUGCAGAUGAAGUUUCGCCACCGACAGUCCUUUGUGACUACUGCGGCCAGCUUUUCGAGACUCGCAAAGCCCUGUCGUGCCACGCCCGUGCCCAUCUGCGCCAGCUUGGCCUCACCUGGUCCAUCAAGACGUCCCCGAUUGAUCUCCUGAAGGACGUGAUGAUGCACGGUGAAGACAAGCUUUUGUCCGCCGAGGUGUCGUCAUCGGGGAAAAUCCAGUGGAGUCCUCAAGGUUGUCAGAGGACAUCAGAGAGCCUCCAGACAAUCUCUAACCUCUGCCCCUCACCUCUGGAUUACUCAAUGAAAGACAAGUCGCCAUCUUGCAAGAGUGGGGCUUUGACAUGGGGCAAAUCCUGUGAGCUCUGUGGCUUUCAUUUUGAAAACCGCAAGGCGCUCGCCAGUCACGCACGGGCCCACCUUCGGCAAUUGGGUGUGGUGGAAUGGAAAACAGAAGGGGCAACCUCGCCGAUAGAGCACCUCAGGGAGUUGAUGCGGAAGGACCCGGUUAAGGUGACUGCUCUCACCCGUCGCUAUCGGGAGGGAGACCUGUACAUCAAGAAGAAAAGUGCUUCCCUAUCCACUUUGUCAGAUUCCGAAUUGUUGCCUGGCAGCAAUUUGAAGUUCUCAGGCCAUAAAUUGAGUAAAGAUGAUCAGGGUGCCUCUGCUGGUUCAUCCAAAAAAACACCAGGCCAGGCACACUCUGUAGCGGCGUAUGGAAAUGGUGGUGUGCGCUCUCCACGAGCGCUUCCAAAACAACUUCCACCGGCAGGAGAAGAAAAUGAAGACGUCACCAACUCCCAGCAACCAUCACGGUCUGGCAGCAUUCCGGCACUGCUACCCAAACCUCCAUUAACUCCUUUGGUCAAACUAGUCGGAAAGGUUUACUCUCUUAAGUGCAGGUUCUGUGAAAAAGUCUUUCACGGGCCUCUGUCUGUACAAGAGCAGUGGAUCACGCACCUGCAACAGCACAUUCUGUCUCUGGGCUACAAAGGUCAAGAGUCUCCCCCUGCUCCUCCCGUUCCUCCUCCAGGACACCUCCAUCCUGUGGCUGUGUAGUUUUAAUAAGUAACAUAUGUGUGUGUGUAUCAUCUCAGAUGAAUGCACAUAUGUUUGGCACAAUUUUUACGCCGGAUGCCCUUCCUGACGCAACCCUUCUCAGGGAGUGGAGGCCCCAGUGGGAUGCGAACCCACAACCCCUGGAUGAAUGAAUUUAUGCUGUCGUGAAUUUAAACUUUUUUGAGUUUAGGCAACUGUCACAUCGCUAUUUUAAUUGAUCUGUCUUGUUUUUUUUUGUAAAAACAGCAGCAUCAACGACAACAGUGAAUAGCAACUUUGUAGUGGACCAAAUCUCAUUUUAGCUUUACGUGCCCAGAAGCGGCACCUUUGCACGUAUAAUCCUUGUGUAAAAACUUUGUUGUUUUAUAAGCCCAUUUCACUGUGAAAAAGUUACAUUUUAAGUGUUUUAACAUAAAUAUGUCAAAAGACUUUAAUAUGGAUGAUCAUAGAUGACACGAGUCUCCUCACAACCUGAUUUUCAGUCUUUGAAAUCUUUUUACUCAUCCUACUCAAUAAUGAUUUAUAUGUAAAUUAAAUUCCGUCUUGUGUACAUGGUGUGAUUGGAUGGUGGUUUAACGUUUGAAGAACAUGAGGCCUUUGAUCACUAAACAUUCACGCUAGGGUUAUUUUUUUUAAUGAUAAAUGGCAUGAAUUUAUAUCAUACCUUUCCUUUUAAGACACAUGGACACUUUGACAGAGCUGAGAAGAAACCUUUCAGGAUUAGGUUAG